AUAAGGGACACCUGCUUCUCUUUUAUUACAGCACUCUCAAAACACAUUAUAGGAAACUCCAAAGAAGAACCCUUCCUUAUUCAGAAACAACAAUAAUGGACCCUAGAAUAUGGAGCAAACUACCUCCUGAUGUUGUAGAACACAUACUUUUGUUACUUCCUCUCAAAACACUCUUGAAUCUCAGACCCACUUGCAAGGCCUUCACCUGUCUCCUCUUUUCACCUUCAUUUGUUUCCAAACACUCUUCUUCUUUAUCUUCUUCCUCUUUAUCACCCUUCUCUUCCUUUCUCUUACUCUCCCAUCCUCAAUUCCCUCACUAUUUCCGUCUCUACGAUUCCAACCUUUGCUCUUGGCGAACCCUCUCUCUCUCCCUCUCCAACUCUCUACCCUUCUCUUCUUCCUUCACUCUUGUUUCCUCCUCUGGUGGCCUCUUUUGUCUCUUCAACCCCACCUCUUCUACCUUUCUUGUGUACAACCUCUUUGUCAAGUCCUUCAGAAAAAUCGAAUCCCCAACAAGUCUUUCUCUUUAUUUGGGACAUGUCACUUUUGUUACCACCCCUCUUGGCUACUACAUAGUACUUCUUCGUUCAAAGUCAACUUCCAACACUAGUGUCUUUGUUUAUGAUUCUAACGAACUCUCUUGUCGGUCUUUUGAGGGUUUCAAUGCUGUUCUCAGCGGCAGUAUUCACCAGCAGGGUACUUUCUUCGAUGGGGGCUUGUAUUUCACAACCCCGGAACCAUUUUCAGUGGUGCCUAUUGAUUUGGAUAGUGGAAGAUGGGAGAGACACGUUGCUGAGUUGCCACAACAAGUCACUUUCAUGAGGCUGGUGAGUGAUGGAGAAGGGAAGUUGUACUUGCUUAGUGGUAUUGGGAACGAUGGAAUCUUGAGGAGCAUCAAGUUGUGGGAAUUAACAAAGGGUGAAAGGGUUUGGGUGGAAGUGGUGGUGUUGCCUGAGAUUAGGUGUAGGAAAUUUGUGUGGGUUUGUUAACAUAGCUAGGAGCAUGUUUAUUGCUUCUGGCAUGAGGGAAUGAUCUUCGUUUGCUGCUAUAUGUGGCCAGAGAUAUUGUAUUACAGUGUUUUGAAGAGGACUUGGGAUUGGCUUCCAAGGUGCCCCUAUUUGCCUCUCAAAUCUAGCUGUGGUUUCAAGUGGUUUUCUUUUGUUCCAAAGCUCUAUGCUUCGGUGUGAGUUGUUAAUUAGAGAAAUUAUUACACAAUCUAAGACUAUCAUGUGAUGGUUAUGGUCUUCACCAAUCUUUAUGUGAUGUAUAAUUGGAAUCUUCAGUUUACAAAGAUAUAUAGUAAGACUUAAUUAUGUAUCACAUAGAAGUUGGUCAAGAACAUAUGUAGUAGGCUUAGAUCAUAUAGUAAUUUUUCGAGUGAGUAAGUUCUCCUGUUUAGUGAUAAGUAGUAGUGUUGGAAUAUUGGAUCCUGUUUGUUUCGUGUAGUCACGAACUCAUGCUGUUGUUUUGGAUAUAUAAUAAUAAUGCGUGUAA